AUGGCUCGCCCAAGCCCAGCAACGUGUGCAUCCUGCGCAUCUCAGGCUGAAUCCGCGGCAUCUGCGUCGACAAGCGCACUCCCACACCAACACCCUGCAAGAGGGCGCACCCGUCUCCCUCCUGGCCCUCCUCCUCCCAGUCGCCCCCACCUCCCCUGUCCCACACUCGCCCCUUCCUCUCUCCGCUCUUUCCUCCUCCCUCCACAGCACGUCCCCAAACCAACAAAGACUCCCAUAAGUACCCCUCCUUCCUCUCCUCUCCUCUGCAGAACAACAGCGACAUCAACUGUUGCCCCCUCAUUCACCCCUGCCCCUCCGCCAGUCUCAUCUGCACCUGCAAAGUCUUUCUUCUAUCCUUGCCUGGCCACAGACCCUGCUUCAACAGCUACACACCCAUCCACCCAUUCGCCGCCCGGCCUUCUAUCCUUAACGUCGCUUUCUUCCUCGCCUUCCUCAUCACCUUCCACUCCCUCCCCUCACCCCUUUUCAAGGUAUUCUGUUCCCUUCUAUCUGGUUAUCACUCCCAUCAUGCGUUCUACCCGAUUCAGCAAGGCCGAUGCGCCAGUUUCACCUCCCAACACGCGUUCAAGAGCACGCGCGCGCAACGACGGCGGCGUCCCCGCGGUCACCGGCAAGAGGCGGAGAGUGGACGACACCGACGACGACGAGGCCAACGGCGCUGACGACAACGUGGUCGACUCCAAGUCCGACGAUGACAACAGAUACAUCGCUCGCGACCGUUCCAGCUCUCGUUCUCGUUCUCGCUCGCUCUCGGUAAUUCCGACCUCCGACAUGCCGCCCCUGACACUGCCUGCUCCGGACGAUGCCGCCGUCCGCGCUCUCGGCCUGACCCAAUCUGCAAAACCAGGUGCCCAGCCUGUCACUCUCGAGUACGAGCACCUCGUGCGCAUGCGCGAGGGACACUUCUACCGCCCGCGUCCGACGACGCCGCCCGAGCGCGAGCGCAACUGGAACGAGCUGUCGAUCUCGGAGGCAGCAUGGAUCAGGCUGGAGGAAGCCGGUGUCAUCAACAAGGGAAGGUCGUGGACGUCGCGCAUCGGACUUGAUGAGAACGGAGACCCGGUCAAGCCCGACCUUCCCUACGUGAUUCUGACCAAGCUCGUGAUCGCCUCGUCCCCCCGCAAGAUGCUCACCCUCAAUCAAAGCGUUGGCCCUACUUCCGCGUGCUCGGACAGACCUUCCGCACACAACUUGUCCAUGAACCCGGCGUUCGUCAACGUCGAGCGCCCCGUCACCGAGGGAGGCGUGGGCACAGGCAAGGGUGGCUACUGGCGUGUAUCCGAGGACAAAACGACCUCUCACCGCGGCCGCGCGAAGAAGCCCCGCACCGGUCGUGGGAAUGGAAGGCGGUUUGAGAACGGUGGAGCAGAGUUUGCGCAGCAGGAGUACUACCCCGAGCACCAGCACCAGCAGUAUCAGUACACUCAUCAGCCUCCUCUGCUUGCACCUCGUCCUGCCCCAGCGCACGCACUGCAAGACCUUGCGCAGCGCACGCCGCCGAUGCCUCACAGCUAUACCACCUAUCCUGCCCAGCAGGAUGAGCAGCCUAAGCGCAGCACGAAGAAGACUCCCAAGCCGCGCCGCCAGCGUAAGAGUGAUGAGUCCAUCCCCUCGCUGGUGCCUCCCUCGCCGGCAAUGGCUGCCCCCUCGCUGCCCGCUACUCGUACGCCCGUCUCGGCUACUUCCGCUCCUGAGCCGUCGAUCAACAGCUCGCCGAUGACUGCACCAGUGUCGCAUGCGGCGCCCGCCAGCUCCCUCUCCGCCACUCCUGUACCUCAAGCGCCGACCUGGUCACCCCUCCGCCCGAGUUACGCCUCCUACCCUGGGCUUACGCUCCAGCGCGCCGAGAGCUUCGUGCGUGGCUCAGCCGAUUGGCCUCCGAAGCUGCCUACGCCCCCCAGCGAGCGCGGUGGCGUCCUUGGUCCCUCGCCUCUCGAGGUGUUCGCAAGCACCGCACUCGAGGAGGAGAAGUACUCGAGGAGGGGUCUCCCCGGCAUUGCGACGCUUCUCGCCCCCCUCAGUCCCGAGAGUCCCAGUGUGACUCCGCCGCAGCUUCUCAACUAA